ACUCGCUGCUGGCUGAAUAUUCGAAAGUUACGCGGCGCAUCGCUCCGCUACAAGGCAGAGAGCGAGAGGCGUUGCAAGCACCGCUGCUACCGCUGAGCAGAGACCGCUGCCGAGGCUUGCGCGGCCUGCCAGCACGACGCGCGCCUUCCUCCUCCUCGUCUGCGCGCUGGGCCCCGCGAUGGCCGGCAAGCGCCUCCUGACGGUCUGCGGCUGGACCGGCUGCAAGUUCUACCAGAAGGCCAAGGGCGUCGCGACGGCGCUCAGCGCGCUCUACCCCGCGGACUACGAGGCCCGGCUCGACGAGUCGCCGGACCGCGAUACGUACAGAGGCAAGCUCGACGCCCUGCGCCAGAAGACGCCGACCGACGCCAAGGCCCAGUCGCACACGUCCUCGCCAUUAGUUUUCCUCACGGAGGGCGGCGCCACUUCCUAUUUAGGCGGCUGCGACGACACCGUGGCCUGGGCGCGCGCUCGUUUAUCUCCGAGUACGACCGAGAACGGAUCAAAUGGCAUCUGCAACCAGAACGACGGCUUCACGAAGGACCACGGUUUUGAUUAUGAUGUGGUCGUCAUCGGGGGCGGCUCGGGCGGCCUCGCGUGCUCGAAGGAAAUGGCCAAGCUCGGCGCGAAAGUAGCGGUACUGGACUACGUCAAACCAAGCCCGCAGGGCACGAAGUGGGGUUUAGGUGGUACCUGCGUCAAUGUGGGAUGCAUCCCGAAAAAACUCAUGCACACGGCGGCGAUCCUGGGCGAGGCGAUGCGCGACGACGCGGCGGCCUUCGGCUGGGCGUCGCCCGAUGUCAAACACAACUGGGCGGCCAUGCGCGAGCGCGUCCAGAACCACAUCAAGUCGCUGAACUUCCAGUAUAGGGUUGCUUUGCGCGAGGCCGGCAUCUCGUACCUGAACAAGCUGGGCGAGUUCGCGGGCCCGAACACGCUCAAGGUGACGGACAAGAAGGGCAAGGUCACGCAAAUUACAUCGGCGCGCUUCGUCGUCGCCGUGGGCGGCCGGCCGAACCGCCUCGAUAUCCCGGGCGGCGAGCACGCUAUUGAUUCCGACGACAUCUUUUCAUUGGAGAAGGCGCCGGGCCGCGUGCUAUGCAUCGGGGCGGGCUACAUCGCGCUGGAAUGCGGCGGCUUCGUGAACGGUUUGGGCUCGUCGACCACAGCCAUGGUCCGGUCGAUUCUGCUAAGGGGCUUCGACCGCGAAUGCGUCGACAAGAUCCAGACGCACCUCGUCGCGCAUGGGGUGAAGUUGCAGAUCGGCGUCACUCCCACAAAAAUCGAGAAGAAUGGGGAUGUCCUGACGGUGCACGGCUCCGACGGGUCGGUCAACGAGUACGACACGGUCCUCGUCGCGACGGGCCGCAAGGCCGACACGACGGGCCUUGGGUUGGAUAACGUGCCGGGGGCGGCCAAGGAUGUUGCGCAAAACGGCAAGCUCAAGGCCGUCGACGAGCAGCUGCCCCACGCGCCGCACGUCUACGCCAUCGGCGACGUGUUGGACGGCCGGCCCGAGCUGACGCCCGUCGCCAUCGAGGCGGGCCUGCGCCUCGCGCGGCGCCUCUUCGGCGCUGGCAAUGAACGCAUGGACUACGAGAACGUCGCCACGACGGUCUUCACGCCCCUGGAAUACGGCGCCAUCGGCCUGAGCGAGGACGAGGCGACCGAAUCGUUGGGCGCCGAGAACGUCGAGUGCUACAUCUCCGAGUUCACGCCCUUAGAACACGCGCUCUCCGACGCGCGGUCGGCGCGCGGCGACGCCGCCUUCGCGAAGCUCGUCUGCGACAAGACGCAGGACCUGAAGGUCAUCGGCUUCCACUACCUCGGCCCGAACGCCGGCGAGAUCACGCAGGGCUUCUCCGUCGCCAUGCGCAAGGGCGCGACCUACGGCGACUUCCUCGGCACGGUCGGCAUCCACCCCACCGUCGCCGAGGAGUUCACGACGCUCACGGUCACGAAGGCGAGCGGCGCCUCGGCGGCCAAGGGCGGCUGCUGAGGUUAGGGACCGCCGCGGUUCGUUCGAACCGCGGCGCGCCGGCCGUUCGAUCCGUCGGGCGGCCGGCACGUCCCGACCGGCGCGCGCACCCAUGACGGCGCGGGACUUCUCCUAGUAGGUCCCGCGCCCGACGGCGCCGCCACCCACCCGUUUCCCUCCCUCUCCCCCCUAGUGUAACUUAGUGACUCGC